AUGUCGGGCGGCACGGCACGCUCUGUCUUUGCGCUUCGUGAGGCGUGCGGCCCGGAAGACAGCGAUCCAUACAGCCUGCUCCCGACGGAUGCUCCACGCCCCGUCACAGCGCCCACGCGGAGAGGUUUGUGGUACGAUGUUUCGGAGAAGAGGCUGACGGGGCCGUUUGUGAUGGCUGCCACCAAUGAGCGCGUGGUGCGUCGCACGAAUGCCUUGCUUGGCUACGGAGGCACCUACGUGGAGGCACAGGAGGGAACACUUGGAGUUGUUGCCGCUGCAACUAUCACGAGGUAUCUGACGGCGGCGGUACUUGCUGUCCCGUUCCUCCGUCGCUACAUCGCUGAAUACUGGCUGCCACCGGUGGGAGCAGGCCCCACACAGUCGCAGAGGGAACUGUCGUGGUAUAAGUGCGUCUUUGUCGCGGUCGAUAAGUCCGGAAAGACUCUGCGGCGGGUCAUACUCUCCGACACGCGCGACGCGUACACGGCAAGCGGCAUGUACAUUGUCGAAGCAGCUCUCAGUGCACUGCAACGGGCCAAGGAAGGUUCUCUGGGUACCGGUGCAUUGACGCCCAUGGCGGCCUUCGGCGACGUUCUGCUUCAUCGCGUCCGACAGGCCGGCGUCGUGGUGGAGGUGGUGGAAGAAGCGACUGCAAGCACGACAGCGCCCGCACAAUAA